UGUUUUGUUGUUUUUUUUUAAUUUUUCCUGAUUGGAUGAUUACAAAAAGGAGAACAAAUUCCUUUUUCAUCAAAAGUUAAAAUCAACCUCCAUGAACUGGAUGAUUCAAGAUUUGCGACUGGAAAUGAUUGAUUCUUGCACUACUUUGAUCUGAGCUCAGCCCCACAGAUUGCUCUGUUAAAAGCUUGCAAUGAUUGCUGCUUCAAUCGCUCUGAAAUUGGCGGGCCAACCCAUCCACUUUCCGCCAUUAACGAACUCGUAAGAUGUCCUGACUCGGGCUUUCUUUUCGUCAUCAUCUAGACUAGAUUCUCCUCCUAAAAUCGUUGCACCUACUUUUUCCCGGGUGAAAAGCACUUUACAGAUUCGUAUAAUCCUUUUUUCCUUGAUUGUAAUCAUCUGAUGGAAUGGAGAUUUUUUAUUUAAGAAUCGAGGGGCAGAGGAAUUUGUGUCUUUUUGUACUCGUAGGGCUGAUUUAAUUAAGACAUGUUUCUUUCAAUUAUGGGAUUUGGAAUAUUGAUGUGGUAAUUGAUUCGGGUUUUGGCAAUAUGGAGAUCCGGAGGGUGCUUAUUAUUACAUUUAUGAUACUUCUGAUUCUAUUUGCUUUUCAAUAUUUUGUGUUUCAAUAUACAAAAAAUUUAUCCCUAUCGUUUGGAGAUAGGGCUUCAACUUUUAUGGUGGUUCAGAAUGUCUUUCAUUUGAACAAUUCUGGACUUUAUAGAUUUCAUCCAAUUGAUACGAGUAUUAACAACUUGGAUACAAAGGAAAAUUUUGGUUAUGAUACUAAUAAAAGAGUAAGAGAAGAAGUAGUUGAUUUGACAUCUGAAUUCUUGAAUAAGGAGGGUAAGAUUGUUUUUGAGAGUUUGAUGUUGGAAAAUAGUAAUCAAACACAGGAUACUGUUAUAAGGGACGCAAAUGCAGAACUAAGUUACAAUCCCCUGAUGAAGGGAGAUGUUUUAAAGGAUAGUAAUAUGACAGCUGAUGAAGCUAAAGCCAAUAGCAAUCCAGGGAUGAGUGAAAUUAGAAACCAAAUUAUGUUUGUUCCAAAUCAAUCCCAAGGAACUAUGAACAAUAGCAUUCAAAAUGUCGAUCAAACAUAUUCUGAAGUUUCUGUGACUCCAGAUGCAUCUUCUGGCCAAAAAGAGAGAGUAAAAAACAGUAGGAAAGAAUUAGAAAACAAUAAUAGGAUUGAGCUAGUGAAGAAUGGUUCAGUUGUCUUGAAUGACAGAACGAUGAGGCCUGACGUAUCAACAUUGAGUGGGCCAUUUAUAUCCAUAUCCCAAAUAUACUCAAAGUUAUCAAGGGCUCACAAGUCUUCUUGUUUGAAGAGGCCACAAUGUAGACCGACAUCCCAGCGCGACCGAGAACUACACUAUGCAAGACGGGAGAUUGAAAAUGCUUCUGUGUUAAGGAGUACUCCAGAAAUUAGUGCCUCUGUGUUCAGAAACGUUUCCAUGUUUACGAGGAGUUAUGAGUUGAUGGAAAAAAUGCUUAAAGUCUAUAUAUAUGAGGAAGGAGAAAAACCCGUUUUCCAUCAGCCUAUAUUGACUGGAAUUUAUGCCUCAGAAGGAUGGUUUAUGAAAUUGUUGGAAGAAAACAAGAAGUUUGUUGUGAAGGACCCUGAGAAAGCCCAUUUAUUUUAUUUGCCCUUCAGUUCACAGUUCUUAAGAUCUGCAUUUGGAAAUAAAUUCCGCAACAAGAGGGAUCUGCAGAAACUUCUCAAGAACUAUGUUGACGUAAUUGGGAAGAAGUAUCGUUUCUGGAACAGAAAUGGAGGAUCAGACCAUUUUCUAGUUGCCUGUCAUGACUGGGCCCCCAAGCUCACUAAGCGUUUGGUGAAGAAUUGCAUCAGAGCGCUCUGCAACGCGAAUGCUGCUGCAGACUUCGAAAUUGGAAAAGACACCAGUUUACCAGUAACAUUUGUACAUGCAAUGGAAGACCUCGUAAACGACAUCAGAAGGAAACCUCCUUCCAAAAGGACCAAGUUGGCCUUCUUUGCAGGGAGCAUGCAUGGUUAUCUUCGGCCGAUUCUUCUACACUAUUGGGAAAACAAAGAACCUGACAUGAUGAUUGUUGGCCCAAUGCCGAAUAGUAUCGAAGGGAAAAGUGCCUACAUGGAGCAAAUGAAGAACAGCAAGUACUGCAUAUGUGCUCGAGGUUACCAAGUUCAUACUCCUCGAGUGAUUGAAGCGAUUCUUAAUGAGUGCAUCCCAGUGAUUGUCUCAGAUAACUACGUUCCUCCCUUCUUCGAGGUAUUGAAUUGGGAAUCAUUCUCGGUAUUUGUUAAAGAGAGAGAGAUACCGAAUUUGAGAAACAUUCUCCUCUCAAUCCCAGAAGAGAACUACCUUACAAUGCAUUCAAGAGUGAAACUGGUGCGACAGCAUUUCCUCUGGCAUGAAAAGCCUGUGAAAUAUGACACAUUUCAUAUGAUCCUUCAUUCAAUAUGGUACACAAGAGUGUUUCAGAUCAAAAUCAACUAACAUUGAUAAAUUUUGGUUAUGGAUUGAACAAGUAGAUUCAACUAUCAAGAAGACAGUAGAUGAAGUGGUAGAAACUUGAAAGAUUUUGUAUUGGCAUGCUUUGUCAAAAUCAACUUGGUUUUUCAUGCCAGCAAAGUGGAGUUCAAACGGUGGGGUCUCAUUGAACUCAGAAGAAAUAUAGUUGACUCAUAUAUUACCAUUUCAAGAACAAACAUUCUUUGUCACAUUCAAAGAUUUGAUAUGAUCACGCCUUGCCGCCUUAGAUAAACCAUAAAAUAGAUAUUUGAGGUGACAUAAUUUUGCUACUUGGGAGUAUAUUUGUUCAGAAUGUUGUAUGUACAAAUCUUGAAUAAUGGAAGGAAAUUGGUUUGGUUACU